UAUCUUCUCCUCCUCCUCCAUCUCUUCCUGCCUUUCUUUCUCUCCUCCAAUUCCUACCACGAUCGUUGCACUCGAUUAAUUCAUCAAUACCGUCAGAUUACUUGUUCUUCUCUUCCUGUUUCACCAAACGACCGAUAUUCGUGAUCCAGGCGUCUAGUCAUGCGGCGGUUGCCGUCAUGGCCAUGUCGGCCAUGUCGGUCUCUCGUGCUGCAUCCUUACUCUGUCCUCCACUAUCGACCGUCACCAAUCCUACAUUACUACUCUACCAAUCGCAAGUUUUCCAGUUCAUCAAUAUCCUCCCCUACGUCCUCCCAGUUUAACCGGUCGGAUUUCACAAACCAGCCAUGGUCGGGGACUUAUGAACCGGGUCUCCCCACGGCUGGCCCGUUGGGGUCUGCCCCAGCAUUUGGAGCUCCCCGAAUCACCCCCAAGGCUUUGAAACAGUACCUGGAUCAGUUUGUUGUCGGACAAGACCGUGCGAAGAAGAUUCUCAGUGUCGCAGUAUACAACCACUACCAGCGAGUACAAGAGCUUCAGAGGCGCCAGGAAGAAGCCGAGGAAUUACUGGAAAAGCGUGCACGACGGGAAUCUAUUGAGCACCAACAUCCAGUUGAGGAUGAGUUUCCUGACCAACAACGAACCACCUACCCACCACCUCCCGAUCCGCUUCAAUCUCCCCUCCCCUCGGACCAAACAGCGCUGGACGAAUCAUCGCAGUUACAACUAGAGAAGUCUAAUAUUCUUCUUCUUGGUCCAUCUGGUGUUGGCAAGACCCUCAUGGCAAAAACACUGGCUAGAGUUUUGUCAGUCCCGUUCAGUAUUUCAGAUUGUACUCCCUUCACACAGGCCGGUUAUAUUGGGGAGGACGCAGAAGUAUGUGUGCACCGGCUAUUAGCUGCUGCCAACUAUGAUGUGGAACAGGCUGAGCGCGGGAUUAUUGUUUUGGAUGAGAUAGAUAAAAUCGCGGCUGCAAAGGUCAGCCAUGGGAAAGACGUGAGUGGGGAAGGCGUGCAGCAAGCUCUUCUUAAAAUUAUUGAAGGUACAACAGUACAAGUCCAGGCAAAGCAGGAGCGGAGUACUCCUCGUAUCGGCAACACACCCAGCUCAUACCUGUCGAACAAUCCGUUAGGCAAUGCACCAUUUCCGCCCCAAGGAGGCGGAAAUAUGUCGCAUAAGGGGGAGAUCUACAAUGUUCGAACCGAUAACAUCUUGUUCAUAUGCUCCGGUGCAUUUGUUGGAUUACAAAAAGUGGUCAUGGAUCGCAUCUCCCGUGGCUCCAUUGGCUUUGGACAGCCAGUUCGGCCGCCAACGCAACCCUCUUCUGGACGCUCCCCUACGUUUGAUCCUGGAAGCAACAAACCUAUUCCUAUCUUACCAGGAUCCGAGGAAGAAGCCUUGUACAGGAAGCAUCUGCCAUUUUUCACGCCUGCAUCGUCGACGUCGCCAGAUGCUGAGCCAACUUAUUUCAACGCCUUGGAUCUUCUCAACCCGACCGAUUUGCAGAGCUUCGGGUUCAUCCCAGAGCUGGUAGGCCGUAUUCCCGUCACCGCUGCGCUGUCUGCCCUAAGUCAACCAUUGCUUAUCCGAAUUCUCACCGAACCUCGCAAUUCUCUUCUUGCCCAGUACACAACCCUCUUCUCGCUGUCCGGUAUCGAACUCCGCUUCACAACGCCUGCGCUGCACAAGCUUGCCACCAAUGCUUUCGCAAUGGGUACUGGGGCGCGUGCUCUCCGAACAGAAAUGGAGACUAUUCUAAGUGACGCGAUGUUUGAAACGCCUGGGUCUAGUGUGAAAUUUGUCCUCGUCACAGAGGCUGUCGCUGACCGCAAGGAAAAGCCCGUGUACCUUGCCCGUGGUCAAGGCGGUCGGUUUCACGCUAUGAUCGCAGCAGAAGAAGACCAGUGGGAAGAAAAAAUGCGGCACACAAAGGACAAGGAGAAGAACGGGAAAUCUCAGACUCCCAGUUUGGAGGGGUCUCCUUCUAUCUCCAACUUUAGGGAGUAUCGCAGCAGGGCUGUUGGGUCAUAAUUGACCACUAGCGUUCUCUGACCCGCCCCUUAGGAUUAGUGCUGGCAUGUCGUAUGUUUACUGUGUCGCCUUGUUGCUUUGAGCCAGUCUGGCUAUUUCAUAUGAUGAUGAGUGAUUCCUAUCUUGACGGCCUUUAUUGUAUGUACAGUGUGGGGAGGUUUUUGAGGUCCUGGUUUGACCCUUUUGCUUUCUUGUCUCCUUUGUUGGUUUAGGUCAUGGUAUUGAUAUCCCAAAUGAUGACUAUUAUCCACAUCUACCAAGGUACAUAUUCAUAAAAAAUUAUUCAUAAC